AAUUGCAUCGCAUCAGUGUUGAGAAAGAAAUCAAGUUGGAACGUUCAGCUCCUCUUGAUAGAAUUUUAAUUUUAUUUUUUAAAUUUCCGUUAAAAUCGUUGUUCGGUAAAAUGACCAAUUUCAAAAUGCAUUUUACCAUUUUAUUGAUCAUCGCCAUCGCAUCGUGCAUUGAUGGCAUUGAUGACUCUGCCACGACUUCAAACAUCCAAAGACACAGCAAAAAUUGCUCCGAGUUUUCGUCCGUAAUAAGAAAUGUCCGGCAUUUGGUUGAAUCGGAGAGUACAUACAAUACAUUUUUCGAACGCAUUGGCAUUGUGACCCGGACAUCUGUAUUCCGCGUUGAUUCGUGCAACGAUUACGUCGACAAUCAGGUGAAACAUGCAAGAAUACUCACAAUCGCUGCUCAAUUCUUCAAAAACGAAUUCAACAUGCCGUUGGACGAAUUUGAACGUCUCGCUAGAAAGUGUAUGGUCGAAGAUCGACCCUCCUCAAACCACAAUAGAAAACCAGCAUCACCACGUUCGAAGUACCGUUCGAUCGAUGGACGAGGAAACAAUUUGAAAAAUCCGGAUUGGGGAUCCAGUGACACUCCUUUUGCUCGCUACAUUCCAAACAAUUACCAAGACGGAAUUUAUGCAAUCAAGAAAAGUGUGACCGGAUCAGAUUUGCCAAAUGCGAGGCUCAUUGUGCAGGAGGUGUUACUGAAGUCCGUUAGAUCUCCUGCACCGCCAAUGAUGUACAAUAUGAUGGGUUUGACGAUCAUUUUAUUUGCGACCCAUGAUCUGCACUACCAAGUCCCAAUGCAAAUAAAAUGUAGCGAUGGUGGUAUUCGCUGUUGUUCUAGGGGAAGCCAUCAUGUAUUGCCAACGGAUUUAUCGAACUCUGCAUGCCUUCCGAUUCACAUAUCUCAAACUGACCCAUUUUUUAAGACCGGGAACAUUGGAUGCCAGAAUAUGGUACGGUCACAAAUCGGAAACUAUCCAAAGAGCACCACUGGCCAAGCCGGCCAGAUACUAAACCGUGCUACGGCAUUUUUGGACUUGUCUCUGAUUUAUGGAAACUACGACUCCGAACUGAGACCCAUUCGACUGUACAGAGGCGGGAAAUUGCGACUGGGAAAGAAUAAUGUGUUGCCAGUGGAUUCGAAUGGAAAGCAUAUACCAUCGAUGGAUCGUUUUACUGCGACACCUGUUGGUGCAAUUUGGCCAGCUCUAUUUUCGCGAAAUCAUAACCACCUUGCCGAACGACUGGCCAAACUCAAGCCGAAGUGGGACGACGAAACACUGUUCCAGGAAGCUCGUCGCAUAAACAUUGCAAAUUUUCAGUUCAAUUUGAUUACGGCGAAAUCGAUCGAAAAGGUGUUCAACAAAGUGGUCAACACGAGCUACUCGGAGGAUGUAAAUGCUGCAACUCUCGUUGAAUUUCCGUUCACGUACCGCGGUGGACACUAUUACAUACCGUCACACAUGACGUUUCAACAAGAAAAUAAUGACGUCACAAAGUACCUGCAAUCGGAUACGAUCGGCAAAAUUGAAUUGCUGGAAGAUGAUUUUGACGGAGCGCUAAGAGGUGCUCUACAUACGCCAGUUAAUGUUGAACGGUACAGUGAUGAGAUAAUCAACAGAAUCGGUAAGAAUGAUCAAGGCUAUGGACUAGACAUCAUAUCGUGGGACAUUCAACGAGGACGCGAUCACGGAAUUCCAUCGUUCGUCCAAAUACGGCGCGCAUGCAAGCUAACACCAGAAAUCAAUAGCUUUGACGAUUUCAACAAAAUGUUCAACAAAACAAACGUCGAGCUAUUGAAAAAAGUGUACAAAUCGCAUGAGGACGUCGAUUUUUAUGUUGGCGGUCUGUUGGAAGCCUUCGAAACCGUUGGAAAUCCAUUUGCUGGUCCAACGUUCGGAUGCAUAAUUGGUGCAAAUUACAAUAAUGUCAUGGGUGGUGAUCGUUACUUUUACACUCAUCCGGAGAAUCCAUAUCCAUUUACGCCAGCUCAAAUCGAUGCGAUUAAGAGCUAUCAAGUUCCCCAUAUUUAUUGCGCCAAUUCUGGUUUGAAGGAAAUCGUUAAGUUGUGGUCGUACACACCGAACGCCAACAAUCCGAAAAUCGAGUGCAAAAAUGUCCCUCUAAUGGAUCUAUCGGCUUGGGCUUGAUUUUGUCCUAUUUUUACAUUUGCCAGACGAAUUAAAAGAUUUUUAAAUGAACAAAA